AUGUCUUUGUUCAGCUUCUCCACGCCGUUGGACAUUGACAUAGUCCUCGACAAUACCGACGACAGAGCCACUGUCGAUGUAAAGCUGGACAAGAAUCGGCGCGAGAAGUGCCCGCUGUACCUGGAUGGAGAAACUCUCAAGGGCGCAGUCACAAUACGACCAAAAGAUGGCAAGCGUUUGGAGCAUACGGGCAUCAAGGUCCAGUUCGUGGGCACAAUCGAGAUGUUCUUUGACCGGGGGACACAUCAUGAGUUUCUCUCCCUCCAAACAGAAUUGGCGUCGCCUGGAGAGCUCCAGCAUCCGGUAACGCUACCGUUCGCCUUCAAGAAUGUUGAGAAGCCAUACGAAUCAUACCACGGCAUCAAUGUCAAACUAAGAUACUUCCUCCGAGUGACAGUGUCGCGAAGAAUGGCGGACGUGGUGCGGGAGAAGGAUCUCUGGGUGUACUCAUACCGACAACCCCCCGAGAGCAAUAGCGUCAUCAAAAUGGACGUGGGUAUCGAGGACUGUCUUCACAUCGAAUUCGAAUACAGCAAGAGCAAGUAUCAUCUGAAGGAUGUCAUUGUGGGCCGCAUCUACUUCCUCUUGGUUCGGUUAAAGAUCAGACAUAUGGAACUCUCUAUCAUCAGAAGGGAAACAACGGGAGCACCGCCAAAUCAGUACAACGAGUCGGAAACAUUGGUGCGCUUCGAGAUCAUGGACGGUUCGCCCUCGCGUGGUGAGACGAUUCCCAUUCGACUGUUCCUCGGCGGCUUCGACCUCACGCCCACAUUCCGCGAUGUCAACAAAAAGUACAGCACUCGGUACUACCUAUCUUUGGUGUUGAUUGAUGAGGAUUCAAGGCGGUAUUUCAAGCAGAGUGAGAUUGUGCUCUAUCGGCAGGCGCCAGAAAACAGCGAACUUGCACAGCGGCAAGCAAAGGAGAUUCAAGCCAGUUGA